GGGUCUUCAGGAGCCAAACAGGAAGUGAAGACGACGUGGGAAGGUCUGAAGUCUGUGGUUUUAAAAUGCAGACCAUUCCGGAUAUUUUAUGUGAUGUCGCGUCGACAUGUUAAUCAGGCAAAGGAUGUUUUCUUUAAGGGCUCACGUAUGGCUGUGUUUAUUUAUGGUUUACCUUCUGGACCUGUGUAUGUGUACAAAAGGCAAAUUAAAUGUGCUGUACAUUAUAGCUGAUGAUUUGAGACCCACUCUUGGUUGUUACUCUGAUCCAGUGGUAAAAUCACCCAACAUUGACCAACUGGCCUCUAAAAGCACCGUGUUCUACAACGCCUUUGCCCAGCAAGCAGUAUGUGGCCCAAGCAGGACGUCUUUCCUUACAAGUCGAAGGCCAGACACCACCAGAUUGUACGACUUCAACUCCUACUGGAGAGUCAGCGCAGGCAACUACACCACGCUGCCUCAGUAUUUCAAAUCCAAAGGCUACACCACGCUGUCUGUGGGGAAGGUCUUUCAUCCAGGCAUCGCCUCCAAUCACACGGAUGAUUACCCAUACAGCUGGUCUGUACCACCGUAUCAUCCACCCUCUUUCAGCUAUGAAAAGAGGAAGGUUUGCAAAAACAAAGACGGGACGCUUCACAGUAAUUUGCUGUGCGCUGUGAACGUUUCUGAGAUGCCUAUGAAAACGCUGCCUGACCUGGAGAAUGCAGCCGAGGCUGUACGACUGCUCAAAGCUGUGAAAGACACGGAGAAUCCUUUCUUCCUUGCAGUGGGCUUCUACAAACCUCACAUUCCCUUCAGGAUCCCAAAGGAAUACCUCAGGCUGUAUCCCAUUGAGAACAUGACCCUGGCUCCAGACCCAGAUGUUCCUAAGAAGCUUCCAGAAGUGGCCUACAACCCCUGGACUGACAUCCGGAAGAGAGAGGAUGUCCAGGCUCUGAAUAUCAGCUUCCCGUAUGGACCGAUCCCUAAGGACUUUCAGCUGCGUAUUCGACAGCACUAUUUCGCAGCUGUAUCGUAUGUGGACGCCCAGGUCGGAAAAAUCCUGCAAGCCCUCGAUGAUCUGGACCUGGCCAAGAAAACUAUUGUGGUGUUCUCCUCAGACCACGGAUGGUCCCUCGGCGAACAUGGGGAAUGGGCCAAGUACAGCAACUUCGACGUAGCCACCCGUGUGCCGUUAAUAGUGUACGCUCCAGGUGUGACCUCACCUCUGCCUUGGCCCGGGGAGAAAACAUUCUCUUAUGUAAACGUGUUUGAAAACACACAGGAGCAGUUUGACGAAGGUUUUCUGGUGCGCAGCAUGGUGGAGUUGGUUGACGUUUUCCCCACCCUGGUGUCUCUGGUAGGCCUCGCCACCAUCCACCACUGCCAGUUACCUUCCUUUAAGAUUGACCUGUGUACCGAGGGUUCGAACCUCGUACAUCUCCUUGGGCGGCAUGAGCACAGGGCUAACCAUGAAGCGUAUGCUUUCAGCCAGUACCCUCGCCCGUGCGACUAUAUCCGGGAUGAUUCGGACCUGCCUUCACUUGCUAAUAUCACCGUAAUGGGCUACUCCGCACGCACCACUGACUUUCGCUUCACUCUGUGGGUGGGUUUCGACCCCUCUCGCUUCUAUGCCAAUCUGAGUGACGUGCACGCCGGUGAGCUUUACAUCCUCUCCCAGGACCCGAACGAGGACAACAACAUUUACUACGAACAAAAUCACGCCAAAGCAGGGAUGUUGAAACUGAGUAUGUGGCACUCGUGGACGGAAAGUCUCAAAGAGCACACGACGUACUUUAGAGAGACUUUGAAGAAGAAAAAAAUCACUUUUUUAAAAAAAAAUCACACUUGACAAAUUGACAGUUUAUUUAAAGGGAAGCAAAAAUGACCUCAUAUCAAAACACUUGGCCUGUUAAUUCCUGUGGUGUUGAACAGAGUUGAAAUGCAUUUAAUUUUAACAGACAACACUAAAGAUUUAGUGCUAAAUGAGAACACUACAGAGACCAGUACAGAUUUUAGCAGUGUAGCAAAACACUGAUGAUAAAACAAGUUACAUCUAGAAAUAUGUUUUUUAUACCACUGAGAGGUUUAAUAGGUAAAAAAUCACAAAUGUUAUGACUCUGAUAUGCACCGCAGUGAUGAUUGCAUCAUCGAGAUAAGGGAAAUGAUUCAGUCAGAUAAAUUAGCACUGUUUACUUCUUCUCAUGUCUUCACCUGCUACACAGUGUUUUAAAGACCAUCUCACACCUUUUUUUUAUCCUCCAGUCCUCUUGCUGUUGUUAUUUUCAAUACCGUUCACACCCACAAUGCUUUAAUUACUCUGAAUAUUAAAUAUUCACGUAGAACCCAAUAAACGUAUUAUUUUUUCAA